AUGACGAACAUGGCGGCCCCGUGCCUCCUCGUGCUCGUGCUCCUCUACUUCCUCGCCGGUGGAGGACGUGCAUCCCGACCACGCACGAGCCAAGUCGCGCCUCUUUUUUAUGGUAUGAAUCUGUUCUUCCUCUUCUUCAGGGCACAAGGUCAAUCAGAGCUACAUGGCAAUGGCGCAGAGCUACAUGGUAAUGACGCAGAGUUACAUGGCAAUGGCGCAGUGCUGAAAAGAGUUGAGGUGCCCCAGGAUUUGGGAGGGAUUUCGCCCAAGGAGGUGCUGCGGCAUGAGGGCAAGGAGGUGAUACUUGUGGAUGAUAAUGACAGCGGGCAGGAAGAUGGUGGGGAGGGUAAAGUGGAUGAGAACGCACCGCGUGUUGGGCUGAGAUUCAAAACUUAUGAUGAUGCUCUCAAGUACUAUAAACAAUAUGCUGAGGAUUCUGGGUUUUCAGCGAUCAUUCUGAAGUCAUCGUAUUUAAAGUCAGGGGUGUGCCGAAGGUUGGUGAUUGGAUGUAGUCGAGCUGGGAGAGGGAGAGCAAAUGCGUGCUAUCUAUCGAGAGAGUCGACCAAGAUAAAUUGUCCAGCAAGGAUCUCUUUGAAGUUAAGGCAAGAUAGAUGGCUUCAUAUUGAUGAUGCUAAGCUCGAGCACAACCAUCCACUAAACCAGUUCUCUACAUCACUCAUUAAUUGUUAUAAAAAGCUAACAGAUGCCAAGAAUGGGGGAUCUGCCUCACGACUGAAGGGUCACAGGAACAUUCCAGCUGAAAAAGAGCAAGGUAACUUCACAGAGAUAGGAAGGCUUAAAUUUGGGGAAGGAGACGAUGAAUAUAUCCAGAAGUUUUUUGGGAAUAUGCAGAACAAGAAUCCUUACUUCUUCUACUUAGUAGAUUUGGAUAAUCAGGGCCGAUUGAGGAACUUAUUCUGGAGUGAUGCUAGGUCACGGGCAGCGAAUGAUUACUUUGGUCAUGAUGUUGUUUACUUUGAUACCUCAUACUUGACAGAAAGAUAUGAUUUGCCACUUGUUUUCUUCACUGGGAUGAAUAACCAUGGUCAGCCUGUUCUGUUUGGUACUGGUUUACUGUCAGAUCUAAGUGCUGAUAGUUAUGCUUGGUUAUUUAGAGCAUUUUUAUCAUGUAUGAAGGGUCUCUGCCCAAAGGCAAUCAUCACUGAACAUUACAAUGCUAUUUUAGAUGCUGUUCAAGAAGUUCUCCCUGAAGUUAGACAUCGCCUUUGCCUGUAUCGUAUUAUGAAAGAUGUAGCAGAGAACUUGAAAGAACAUGCAGAGUUUAAAACAAUCAAGAAAGCACUGAAGAAAGUAACAUAUGGGUCUUUGAAGAUCCCAGAGUUUGAAACGGACUGGAAGAAGAUUAUCGAGGAACAUGGACUUGGAGAAAACGGGUGCCUCAGUUCCCUUUAUGAGCAUCGCCAACUCUGGACACCUGCAUAUCUGAGAGAUAAAUUCUGGGCAGGGAUGUCUAUUUCACAGCGUGGGGAGUCUAUUUCCUCGUACUAUGAUGGGUUUGUGUACCCAAAAACUUCUUUGAAGCAAUUUUUCAGUAAAUAUGAGAUGAUAUUAGAGAACAAAUACAAGAAGGAAUGGCAAGCAGAUGAAGAAUCUUCCCAUAGGUCUCCAUUGACUGUAACAAAAUUCUACAUGGAAGAGCAGCUGGCCAAAGCCUACACAAUAAACAUGUUCAGAAAAUUUCAAGAUGAGUUGAAAGCAACGAUGUAUUGCGAUGGUAUGCCAAUUAAAGUUGAUGGCCGACUUGUUACUUUUGAAGUGAAAGAAUGCUCAUACAUGGAAGAUGGAAAGGACACAGAGAGCAGGACCUAUGAAGUUUACUUUUGUAAAGAAGAGCCCAAAGUUGAAAUUGAGUGUGAAUGUGGUUUCGUUCAGUUCACUGGCAUCCUGUGUAGACAUGCACUGUCUGUGUUGAAGUUGCAGGAGAUAUUUGAGAUCCCAAAAGAUUAUGUUCUUGAUCGCUGGAGAAGGGACUAUAAGAAAUUAUAUUCUAAUGCAAAGAAACCUAAUGAAAUGCCCCUUAGUGACAUUGUUGAGCGCUCUGAUUAUUUGUUCACACAAUGUAGUCAGCUGCUCAAUCUAGGGUUUGUAUCUGAGAGUAGGUACCUUGUUGCUCUGAAGUUACUUAGAGAAGCGGAAAGAUCUCUUCUGGAUGAUGGACUGCCUGCUAGAGACAGGCAGCCAAUGCUUCUUUCCUUUGAGGCUGAUGCACCAGAAAAUGGUCAAGGCCUUUUUAAUCCUCAGUUUUCAGAGGGAGUAAAGAAUUCUCAGUCAGCCCAUGCAAAGCGCUGUGGUCGGCCACCGAAGAAAGUGACAGAAUCUAAUGAUGAUACCGUAACACAGCCAAAUAAAGAACAGGAUUUCCUACGGUCAUCAUUUGUCACAGACAAUACAAAUAUGAUCCAAGGGCCGUCUUCUGCCUCCCAUCUUGAAGGUCCUCACAUGGGAGUGCAAGGAGGCAUUGAUUUAAUGGAAGGAAUACCAAAUCUCUCAUUUGGUAAUCAUUUUGGAAUGGAUAUUAAUCACCAACAUCAAGUGCCCAGCCACCAAAGGAUGCAGCAGAACAAUUUCAUACAGGUGCAGGCAGAACCACAUGGGUUUGGGAAUCAGUGGGUUUACCACCCAAUGUUGCAGGAUAAUCCAGUGCUAAGAACUCCUACGCGAAGAGCAGGGUAG